CUUUCUUAAUCUAGCUUCUUAUUCUUCUAUCUUCUUCUUUAUACGUUCAACUAGCUGCUUUCUAUGGAGAACUACCAAAUGUUCUUCCCUUGUCCGUCUACAGGGCAGUCAAGUUAUCCUUUGAUUCCUAAUUACUCAACAAACAUGGGAAGCUUUAACGCUUUUCAAGAUUUUCAAGGCGAGAGUUCAAAUGGGACGUCGUUCUUGGGGUUGAGGACAGAAAACCAUGUCCCAAAAAGAGCAGAAGUUAAACAAAUUUCUCAUAAUAGGUCAAGCUUUUCUGGGGAUAUUGAAACGGAUCAGGUGAAACCGGGUAAAAAGAAGGGGCAACUCAAGAAGAUUAGGAAGCCCAGAUAUGCUUUUCAAACUAGGACUCAAGUUGACAUACUCGAUGAUGGCUAUCGGUGGAGGAAAUAUGGCCAAAAAGCUGUUAAGAACAACAAAUUCCCGAGAAGCUACUAUCGUUGUACGUAUCAAGGUUGCAAUGUAAAGAAGCAAGUUCAACGAUUAACCAAAGACGAAGGGAUUGUAGUGACUACUUAUGAAGGGGCGCACAACCAUUCUAUAGAGAAGCAAAGUGACACUUUUGAGCACAUAUUGAGUCAGAUGCAAAUCUACACUCCCUUUUGAUCAAGUCUAGCUUUCACAAUUAGAAUAUUAUAUAUCGAUUGUAACUGUAUACAUUAUAUGCCUGUGUCUGUAAAAUAUUACAUAUAUAUAGUUUACUCUUUGGCUACAAAAUAAUUAAGCUUGUACUGGUAGUAGAAAUGGCAUGAUCAGGAACUA